UCUCUUUUGUUGUUUUUUUUUUUCCUGUAGUGUUUCAUUUAAUAGAAAAAAAUGGACUGGAGUGGGAAACAUAAUGGCCCAAAUGAUGCAUCUAAUGAUGGAACAGUAGUACGACUUCGUGGCCUGCCAUUUGGUUGCAGCAAAGAGGAGAUUGUCCAGUUUUUCCAAGGGUUGGAAAUCGUGCCAAAUGGGAUAACAUUGACGCUGGACUACCAGGGGAGAAGCACAGGGGAGGCCUUCGUGCAGUUUGCUUCAAAGGAGAUAGCAGAAAAUGCUCUGGGGAAACACAAGGAAAGAAUAGGGCACAGAUAUAUUGAAAUCUUCAAAAGUAGUAAGAGUGAAAUCAGAGGAUUCUAUGACCCACCAAGAAGAAUGAUGGGACAGCAACGACCUGGACCAUAUGAUAGACCAAUAGGAGGAAGAGGGGGUUAUUAUGGAGCUGGGCGUGGAAGUAUGUAUGACAGAAUGCGUCGAGGAGGUGGUGGAUAUGACGGUGGAUAUGGUGGCUUCGAUGAUUAUGGUGGCUAUAAUAACUAUGGCUAUGGAAACGAUGGCUAUGAUGACAGAAUGAGAGAUGGGAGAGGUAUGGGAGGACAUGGCUAUGGUGGAGGUGGAGAUGCAGGUUCAGGUUUUCAUGGUGGUGGUCAUUUUGUUCACAUGAGAGGGUUGCCUUUCCGAGCAACAGAAAAUGAUAUUGCUAAUUUUUUCUCACCACUGAAUCCCAUCAGAGUUCACAUUGAUAUUGGAGCAGAUGGAAGAGCAACAGGAGAAGCAGAUGUGGAAUUUGUAACACAUGAAGAUGCAGUGGCUGCCAUGUCUAAAGAUAAAAAUCACAUGCAACAUCGAUACAUUGAAUUAUUCCUGAAUUCAACUGCUGGAGGUGGCUCUGGAAUGGGAGGCUAUGGCAGAGAUGGAAUGGAUCAAGGAGGUUAUGGCUCUGUUGGCAGAAUGGGAAUGGGUAGCAAUUACAGCGGAGGGUACGGAACACCUGAUGGCUUAGGUGGAUAUAGUCGUGGCAGUGGAAAUAGUGGUGGAUACUAUGGACAAGGCAGUAUGAGUAGUGGUGGAUGGCGUGGAAUGUAUUAAAGAACAGCUUUGCUUCCGCAGAAUAUCCUGGAAGAAACAGUAUCUGGUCUACUAGACUUUCUUACAAAAUUAAAUUUCUUUUGUAUUUUAAGAACUUUAUAAUGACUGAAGGAAUGUGUUUUCACACUAUUAUUUGGUAAGCAACAGAUUGUGAUGGGGAAAUCUGUUUUCUGUAGGUUUUAUUUGUUGCAUACUCUGACUUUAAAUAAAUUUUUAUAUUCAAA